GUUGUCGCACUGCCGCUGACUGACAGACUGUGAAAGGAUCAGUUUUUCAGCUCCCUGACAUCUUUCAAUAUUAUUCUGCAAAUAAUGAUUUCCAAGGAAGAAAUACUCAAACCCAUAUGGUACGCGUUUACCGCUCUGGAUCUUGACCGAAACGGAAAAGUAUCCAAAUCCCAGUUAAAGGUUCUGUCGCAUAACCUGUGCACCAUACUGAAGAUCCCUCAUAACACUUCAGCCCUGGAGGAGCACUUUAAAGAUGACGACGAAGGACCGGUGUCAACGCAAGGGUACAUGCCCUACCUGAACACCUUCAUACUUAGUAAGAUCCAGCCCAACUUUGACUUUGUUGAGCUCAAUAAGAUGUGCUGGACUCUGUCUGCACCGAAGCACAUCAACACCAUGAAUCUGCUCAUGUCUGAAAAAGACGCCUUCAGGGUCUGGUGCAUCUUCAACUUCCUUUCUGAAGAUAAAUAUCCACUCACAAUUGUCACAGAAGAGCUUGAGUAUUUCCUGCGCAAGCUGUUGACGGCAAUGGGUUGCAGUUGGAAUGAAGGCCGGUUUGAGGAUUAUAAAAUGCAUCUCAAUACAAAGACCUGGAAACACAAAGUCUCUAAACAUGAAGGCCUGCUUAAACUCGUUCAACCAGGCGGCAAGACACCCAGUAAAAUGACCAACUGGGGACAGGCGGCGUUCACUGAAUCAGAGCUGAAUGAACUGGAGAAGAUGUGGCAGGUGAACAAGAAUAGAUCAGAAGAAGAGUAACACCCCAUCCAACCAAUCCCUACAUUUGUGUUUAUUUAUUGUAUAUUUACAAGGCAGUCCUCAUACUGGUCACAUCUGCUGUCAUUGUCAUUGCUGUCAUAUAAUCAUACUUAAAGGCAUAGUUCGCCAAAAACGCUUCUUAUUUCCUCAUCUUAAGUGCUUACAAACCUUUAUAAGUUUCUUUAUACUGUUGAACACAAAAAGCAAUUUUGCAGAAAGUUGAAAACCAUUGACUAUGUAUGGAUUAAUACUAAGGAAGUCAAUAGUUUUCACUUCAAAAUAUAAUCUUCAAGAGUGACACGGUGACUCAGUGCUUAGCACUGUCGCCUCACAGCAAGAAGGUACCUGGUUCAAGUCCCGGCUGGGAUACAUGGCAUUACUGUGUGGGGUUUGCAUGUUCUCCCACUAUUGGUGUGGGUUUUCUCAGGGUGCUCCUAUUUACCCAACAGUCAAAAGAUAUACCCUAUAGGGUAAUUAAGUUAAAAGCAUCUGCUGUGUAAAACAUAUGCUGAAUAAGUUGGCGGUUCAUUCCGCUGUGGCGACCCCUGAUUAAUAAAGGGACUAAGCCGAAAGAGAAUGAAUGACUAUAUUCUUCUAAAAAUAUUCUUUUGUGUUCAAAUGAAGAAACUCAAACAGGUUUGCGGGCUGUGUAAAGAGUAACAUAAUUUUCAGUUUUGGAUGAACUGUCUCUUUAAAUUGGUUAUGAAUGAUAAUGCAGUUUUAGUUUGAGUUAAAAGUGACAUUCACAAAUUAUUAACUUACAAAUAUUGCUUUUUUUUUUUUUUUUUGAAAACAUUUAGAAAAUUCAGAUUUUUAAUAAGUAACAGGAGGCAGAUUGGAAUUAUUAAUGCUCCUUUUUCUAAAGCAUGUGGUUUAUAUGUUCCUACUGUGUCCACUAGAUGACUGUGUAACAUCACUAGAUGAUCCACAGACACAUGCGAAAUGCUUUCAUAACCACACUUUCUAAAACCUGGAGUUACUGGCAGACCAAAUACAUUAACUGAAUGGAUUUUGCAUGCAGCUUCCAUAAUUAAAUGACUAAAUGUGCAUUUUAUAUCAUAUUAUUAAGUUCCAAAAUUACUAAAGGCAGUCAUGGAGCUAUAUGAUGGCUAUAGAUUAAAUUGAAAGCAAAUUAUGCACACACCAGAAAGCAGUGAACAUACUUUGCUAUUGUGGUGUAUCCUUCUUCAAACUUAAUGUACCAAAAAAAGGUAAUCCUUCAAGGUAAGAUGCAUUAAGAAUAUAUAUUUAGCUUCAGUUUUUUUUUUUUUUUACUCUUUCAAAGUUCUGUGUGUGAGAAAAUAUGUAAAGAAUAAAUAAUCAUGUAGUUAA